GGAGGGAGGAGGGGGAGGGGAAGGGGUGGCGGGAGGAGGAGGGGAGAAAGCAAGGCGAGUACGAGAGGAAGUGGUGUACACAGAGCAGAGCUGCAGUGGCCUGUUGGAUGGGUGGCAUGGGUGGGUGGCAAGGGGUAACGCUUUGGCGCGCUCUUGAAUGCGCCUCACGCCACUUGUGCUCUCUCUCUCUCUCUCCUCUAGUGCCCCUCUGCUCCAUGCCUCAUUAGUCUCUUUCCAAGUCCAGAGACGCGUGCCAGACCAUUCUCAUACCACACACACACAGGGACAGGGUGGUCAAGGGGGAGGGGAGCCCAUCCAAUUUCUACUACCAUCUACAGUACGGCGGCUCGCGGCUCGCGGCUCGUCCCGUACGGAUGACCCGCUGCAGGCCUGCAGGUUUGCAGGUUUCCGGGUGCCAGGUGUGCUAUCGGCCAACUUGGGGCCAACUGGCGCUGGCUGGGGUUGAUAGCGACGAGCGAUUGAGAAACUCAGAGCUGGGAGGCACAGGAGGGCAAGGGGCACGCGGGCGCAAGAGCCAAGACUUUUGACCGAGGUCUAAGCUUGGGUAAUUGGGCGAUUGGGCGCGAUUGGGCUGUGUGCAUGGGGAGGUCGUGGGUUCGUGG